AUAAUGUCAAUAUACAACGCCGAUAAUGUAAAUCUAUGUUACGACCAAAAGACUGCGGUGAUAAUUUAUCACAUGUUAAGUGGCAUGCGCCGAUAAUCUUAACAUACAAUAAUUUUACGAGCAAGAGGCAUGCGCCGAUAAUGUACUGAGUCUUGUAUUCGGGACCGACAGCUCAUUUAAAUGGUUUGAUACUAAAAUACCUUAAUUUAAAAAUGUGAAGGUCGAACUUGAAAGCAAGAUACGUCCAUUAUACAAAUUUAGCGGCGCAAAGAUAAGAACCUUAUAACCCAAUUUUGUGAUGAAUAAUUAUAAAUAAAAUUAGAUUGUACGCUAUGUUUAUUUUGCUAUUUAUUACGUUAACACUACAUGUUAUAUGCUCUAUAUCAGGUGACAGAGGGCCGGUGUGUUAUAGCUGUCAGUCUGUAAGUGACAUUUCAUCAUGCUCUACCGUGGACAGGUGUAACAAACAACAGGUUUGCUCCAUAGAAACUGAUUUGCUAAAUGCAGGAAAACUUAAUCUUGGAUGCAAGGAUACAAAUAAUUGCAGUAAUUACAGAACCGACUUUACAUGUAGUUCUUGUUGCCAUGGAGAUCUCUGCAACAAUAAAGGAUGUGAUAUCAAAGAAUUGCCGCAUCAACAAGGGCCGAUCUGCUACACCUGUCACGACCAGUAUACAGCUAAUGAAUGUUCAGAAGUUACCCAAUGCGCAGUGGACGAGGCAUGUAUGUUAGCAAGGGUUUUAACAGGAGACAGUGUCAUGUUUAAUGGAUAUUGUGUCAACAAAUUUGUCUGUCCCUCAGAUGAAAUGAUUGCUGUUGGUAAAAGAGAACUGGAAACGUACAGAAAGAGACAAGAUUUUACGCUUGACUGCAUGAAAUGUUGCUAUGACAACCUUUGUAAUGAUAUAGAUUGUAAUAGUGCGGGAAAUACGAACGCACCAGUUAUAGACAAACUUACCAGCACAGCACAAACGAGAACUGACCCAACGACAGUGGUAUUAUCAACAUUGCCCCGACAAGUGGAUGGUCAGUUUGGAAGUUGGUCCAGCUGGACUCCAUGUCCAUAUAGCUGUGGUAAAGACGGUAUCCAACAUAGAUUUCGCCAUUGUGACAAUCCACCGCCGCAGAACGGAGGAAGUAAUUGCAUUGGACGUAAAAUUGACACACAAUUGUGUCACAAUGAUCCUUGUUGUACAGGACCACCAGUCAUAACUUACAUUGACAAAGACACGUUUGCUCAUGCUGGUGACUUUGUGACCAUUCAUUGCAAUGCAACCCACGCGGAUAGCAUACUUUGGGAAGGACCGAAGAUAGUUGGACAUCAGUUUCCUGACAACGUGGAGGUUAUAUCUGGUGCAAACCUGCUCGUUUUCAGUGGUAUUGCCCAUGAUAAUACUGGCAUUUACAGAUGUGUGGCUCAAAAUUCUUGUGGCGCUACAUCCAGAUACGUUAAGGUUGAUCUGAUUCAGUAGUGUAAAUGAACAAUGAAUAAAUUUUGUUGUGAAAUGCAAUUAUAGUUUCAAUAAAAUUUCUUGAGAAAAAGCAAAAUAA